GGCGGGGGAGCGGCUCCCCCGGGUUCGGCCGCCGCCGGCCUGCCGGGCUGGGCGCUUAUCGUAGCAACCGGCGUGCGGUUCCCUGCUGUCGUCGGCACGGUGGGGUCUGUCCUCCGGAGCAGUGAAACGUUUGCUGGUGCACCAGGGAGUGGAGGUUGGUCGGGUGUACGAGAAGCGCGAGCAGGGAAAUUGGAGUUCGGCACAGUGUGAGGAAUUGCAGCCUCAAGCGUGAGAAGGCGUGGCAGACACUGCUGGAAUGAAGUAGGAAGGGGAAUAUAAAAACCAGGAGAGACGGAGCAUAAAAUAGAUGAUAGGUGAUUGAAGAAGAAAAAGGUUGAUAACCGCAUGCGAUUUUUAUAGGACUGUUUAUGAGUAGGAAGUUGAGAGGCAGCCUUCUGAUAAAGUGUGGAACCUUCACUCCUUUAAAUUCCUGAGGAAUUGUGGCCCAUUUUCACCUUUGAGAUACAGGCAUUCUCUUCUGCCAGAAGUUGUCGGGGAACAUUUUUCGAAUGUUGCAGCUUUCUUCUCUUUUCUUGGGAUCUCUGCAUGAUGUAGAUACUGUAUCUUCCUCGAGUUGUGUCUGGACCCAAGUAUUUAAAAGGCAGCGUUGUUGGAAAUCCUGCUGCUGCAGCGUGGCAAUGGCAGAUUCUGCACGGUAGAGUUCAUGGCAAGUAUUUGUCUAAUAUAAGCCAAGCAAGACGCACAUACAAGCUUAAGACUGAAGACUGGAACGGCUAGAGGGAGGUGCAUAGCUGCAGCUCAAAGAAAAUGAAUGGCACACUGGAUCACCCAGACCAACCUGAUCUAGAUGCUAUCAAGAUGUUUGUGGGUCAAGUCCCACGGAGCUGGUGUGAGAAGGAUCUAAGAGAACUUUUUGAACAGUAUGGUGCUGUCUAUGAAAUCAAUGUCUUGAGGGACAGGAGCCAAAACCCUCCCCAAAGCAAAGGGUGCUGUUUUGUUACAUUUUAUACCCGUAAAGCUGCACUAGAAGCACAGAAUGCUCUUCACAACAUGAAGAUCCUCCCAGGGAUGCACCAUCCUAUCCAGAUGAAACCAGCUGACAGUGAAAAGAGCAAUGCAGUAGAAGAUAGGAAGUUGUUUAUUGGAAUGAUAUCCAAGAAGUGCAAUGAAAAUGAUAUCCGAGUGAUGUUCUCCCCCUUUGGGCAGAUUGAAGAAUGCAGGAUAUUACGGGGCCCAGAUGGCCUGAGCAGAGGUUGUGCAUUUGUGACUUUUACAACAAGAGCCAUGGCACAAACAGCAAUCAAAGCAAUGCACCAAGCACAAACCAUGGAGGGCUGCUCUUCUCCCAUUGUGGUAAAAUUUGCAGACACCCAGAAGGACAAAGAGCAGAAACGAAUUGCUCAGCAACUCCAGCAACAAAUGCAACAGAUCAGUGCUGCCUCAAUAUGGGGAAACCUGGCUGGUCUCAACACACUUGGACCCCAGUACUUAGCACUUUAUUUGCAGCUCCUUCAGCAGACAGCAGCUGCUUCAUCUGGGAACCUGAACACAUUGAGCAGCCUCCACCCAAUGGGAGGACUGAAUGCGAUGCAAUUACAGAACCUGGCUGCGUUAGCAGCUGCAGCCAGUGCAGCUCAGAACACACCGAGUGGUACCGCUGCACUCACUUCCUCCAGCAGUCCCCUGAGUGUGCUCACCAGCUCAGCAGGUUCCUCACCUAGCUCCAGUAGCAGCUCCUCUGUUAAUCCAAUGGCCUCUCUUGGAGCAUUGCAGACGCUGGCAGGGGCUACAGCAGGCCUCAACGUUAGCUCUUUAGCAGGAAUGGCAGCCUUAAAUGGAGGACUUGGCAGUGGUGGUCUUUCAAAUGGGACAGGUAGCACAAUGGAAGCCCUCACACAGGCUUAUUCUGGAAUCCAGCAAUAUGCUGCUGCUGCACUGCCCACGCUCUAUAACCAGAGUCUCUUAACACAGCAGAGUAUUGGUGCAGCGGGAAGUCAAAAAGAAGGUCCAGAAGGAGCCAAUCUGUUUAUCUACCAUCUUCCCCAGGAGUUUGGGGAUCAGGAUCUGCUGCAGAUGUUCAUGCCGUUUGGAAAUGUCGUCUCUGCCAAGGUGUUCAUUGACAAGCAGACCAAUCUAAGCAAGUGUUUUGGUUUUGUAAGCUACGACAAUCCUGUCUCUGCACAGGCUGCCAUUCAGUCAAUGAACGGCUUUCAGAUUGGCAUGAAGCGUCUGAAAGUACAGCUCAAGCGCUCUAAGAAUGACAGCAAGCCAUACUGAGCACCCUCCCCUCCGGGACUGGAGUGAGAAGGAUCUUCUGAUUCCUGCCGUUUGUUCAUCGUUGUGCCUAAAGCAUGUCGAUGUGGCGUUCAAGUACAUCGUCCAAAUCCUUGUCUCUUCAGCUUCUCUGAUGCUUGAACUCUCACCUUUGACCUUGUGUUGACCUUUGAUGCUGAUGUGUAUUUUUAUUACGUUUGUUUCUUUCUUUUUUUUUUUUUUGUGCUGCCAAAUUGGUUUUGCUAGAAAGACUGCUGAAGGGGAAUAUUUAAACUUGCAUUUGAAUAUAAAAGAAUUUCUAUUUUUCUAGACCUUCGUAAGAUAACCACUUGAUUUUGUGAAUUUGAUUCUUUGUAAUUGUCUUCAGAGCAGCCUUGCUAGCAUACCUUGUGGAGUAUUUGUAUUUCUGUGAACAUACAGCCAAUCACUUUCUAGGCUUAGUUUUUUCUGUGUGCUUAGUUUUAAAAACACAGUUUGAAUUAAAAGUCAGUUAUAUGGUGUGACUUAAUCUUUCAGGAGACUUCCUAGUCACAUUUUGCUGAUUUGGUUUCUGUGCUUGAGGAGACAGCAUGUGUUUUUAUGAGUUCAAACUUGUGACUUGAAGUGGCAUCAACAGAAAACACUUGAACUACAUUUUCCUCUGAUUGUAGCUACAUUUUUGCCCUGGCAUUUACUGAUUUUUUUUUUUUUAAUUAUUAUUAUUUUUUCCCCCGCUUCCCUGUGUGAUUAUCAGUCUGCAGUGAAAAUUUGAUCAAAGUUGAUGUUGUAUUUUGUUAAGCUCCAGCAUGCUUGGUUUUUUUGUAACUGCAAUCUCCUCAGCAAAAUGUGAUGGUUUUGUUUUAAUCUUUCAAACUAAGAUAGUGCCCAGAAAUGUUUUGCAUGUUUCCUGCUGUUUUCUUCACAUCCUCGUAUAUAUCACCUUCACCUCUCUGUUUUCUAUAGUUUGUGCAAAAACUGAGCAAUUUAAUGAGUUUCAAAGGUAUCCUUUAAAUUGGUGGUUUUGGUAUGACAAAUAUCUGAUCAGAAGCCACCUGAGGGCAUCUACCUGUGCACUUAGACUGUCUGCCUGACAGAGCACCUGGACCUUGUUCCAUAUCCAGUGCAGUCAGAGGCUCUGAGGGUGCUUGGUUGCACUGUUCACAUAGUAGAAGUUUUGGUGGAAGGGCAUAGCUGGGAGCAGGAAGGUCGGGGAACUUCACAAUAUUUCUGUUUCCAAAGUAAUGUGAAGUCAAGGCUCCUUUCAAACACUUAUGAGCAUUUUGUACAAGUCAGGGCACAUUUCUGUGAAGUCCAUCCCCAGUUUAAGACCAUCAGUCAGAGCUUGGUGGCAGGAUUCUGGAAGAAUCUAGGUUAGCUCGUGAAACAAAGCGUUUUAAAUAUCCCAGAGAAAGCAUUUGUAAACCUGAUCCUACAACUGCUGGCUCUUUUCCCAAGUGACAAGCACAAUACAACAGCCUCUGAAGCUGUUACCUGAACAGGGUACCAUCCCCAGCUCUCUUCUCAAGGGCCUUAGCUGGGGAAUCUCUGCGGAGAUUUUUUAAUUUUUGUUUAGUUUUUAAUUGGGUAAUGAGCUGAGCAGUUUUGCUGGCUUGCAGGAUGAACUAGAACAGGUUACUGCUCUCUGGGUAGCAGGCUUCCCCCUGCCCUACAUACCGUCUGCACAGGUAGGAACUGGGAAGUAGCUUCUAGACGAAGGCACCUGAAGAGUGUGUGCUGUGAUGAAGUUUCAGCCAGCAGCAGCAAGCUAGUGUAGGUAUCUUAACAGUAGAAAUAAUGUGAAACGAAAUCCCAGGAGAAGGGUUUUUGCUGAGAAAACAAAUAGAGUUUCAUUGGAUAGAAAUCUUAAUUUUGUCCAGUGUUUGGGAUAAUGCAAAGAUGUAAAGAUUUUUUUUCUACCCUACUCCCGAGUUGGCUGAGGAUACUGUAUUCUCAAUAGGUAUUGACCAGACUUGUGUAGACAGUCCUUAAUCUGCUUAUAAAAGAGAGCAUGUUUGGAUAUGGUACAUGUACCUGGGAGUGAAAUGUGAGGCUGGAUGAAGAAAGGGUAGAGAUUUAUUUAUUUGGGAAGUAGGGUUGUGGGCUGGCUGCUGUUAGUCCCACAGUCUGAAUGCACAGGGCUGUGUGCCGGAGGGCACUGAUGCCCUGCAGAGUAUGGAGUAACUAUCAAUACAUUUCUGUACAUGCGCGUUUGGUUCCAUAAGGAACUUUGGGGAAACCUGUGGAAAAUUAUCUGAAGAAAACCAAAAUGCCAAAUGUUGGGUGUUUCUUUCCUUUCUUCUUUCCUUUCCUUCCUUUGGUUGUUUUAAUUGUUCUGUGGUGGUUUUAAUGGAUUUGAGACAGUGGAGCAGCAGCUGCCUUUCUGAUUUUUGGCUGCUUUUUGUGAAUAAUUUAAAAAGAAAAUUUACAUUUUGGAGACAAACCUGUGGGCUUUUUUAUUGGUACAAACAUUGUAUUUAACACUAGGGGUUUUGUACAGUUUUUUGCCUUUUCUACUAGAAAACAAUGUAAAGUGAUUCACAAUGUGACGAGAAAACAAAUUGCCACUAUGACCAAAUGUAGAGUCUGUUCUGCAGUAACAGGAUUUAAUCAACUCGAAGUCGUGGUUCAGUCGUAGAAAUGCUUUUCUUUACCUUGUUUGAGCUGUUCCUUUUCUUCUUGUUUUGAUUUGCAAAACAAAAUGUCUUUUUGUGUGAAAUUGUGUUGUACUCUGUAGAGAAUUUACUUUAAUGGUUUAAAAAGCAGAGGAGCGCAUGUUGCUUUUCUGAUCUGAUCACAGAGUUUGUGUAGUGGAUUUAAAAAUGAAAAGAUUUGUUACAAGUUUGGAACAAGCAAGUAUGUGUUAAAGGAAUUUUUCUUCCUUUUGUGUGUGUGUGUUUUUUUUUUCUUUUUGUCCCAAAGGGCAACUUAAAGCUGUUUUAAUUGCACAGACACACCAACAACAAGUCAUUUUGUAUAUGCCAAGUGUGGUACCUUCCUUUGUUUAUUUGCUAUUAAACUGUUUGAGAAGA